UAGUCGUCAUUUUUCUCAGUUUUCACUUCAGAAAGAAACACUAGCUAGAAAUGAACGAGUACGACGUGUUCUUGAGCUUCCGCGGUGGAGACACGCGCAACAACUUCACGGACCACCUCUACAUGGCAUUGACUCGUGCCGGUGUCCGGACUUUUAGGGAUUCCGAGGGACUAAGAAAAGGGGAGAAUAUAUCAGAGGCAUUGAUCGAGGAAAUCCGAGGCUCUAGGAUCUCUCUCGUCGUAUUGUCAAAGAAGUAUGCGGGUUCGAGUUGGUGUCUUGACGAGCUGGUGCACAUCUUGGAGUGUAAAAGAGAUCUGCAGCAGGUAGUAUUCCCAAUAUUCUAUCAUGUUGAACCUAAUCAUGUCAGGCAUCAGAAGCGUAUGUUCAGCAAGGCGUUUGUGAAACAUGAAGCUCUAAAAAGACGAACACCAGAUGAGAUAUCCGGGUGGAGAUCUGCUCUCACACAAGCUGCAAAUUUGUCUGGCUGGCCUGUCGAAACCUCUGAUUCUGAAGCAGCGCUUAUCGACACCGUUGUAAACUACAUCAGUAGCAAGCUCUUGAACAACACCUACUUACAUGUAGCGGUCUACCCAGUUGGAAUAGAGUCUCGCAUUAAAGAUAUCUGUACUUCUUUAUGUGAUGGGAAAGUGGAUGAUGUUCGCAUGGUUGGAAUAUUAAAAAUCCUUGGAAAUGUUCGGGAAACUGCAAAAGAGUCAAACGGUAAGAUUACUUUGCAAGAAAAACUUCUUAAUGAUAUCUUGAAGCCAACAAAGAUAGAGGUGGGUGAUGCUGAUAGAGGGAUUGUUGUGAUAAAAGAAAGACUUGGCAGCAAAAAGUUACUUGUCAUUGAUGAUGAUGUUGAUGAUAUAGAACAAUUAACUGCGCUAGCUAUGAGGGGUGGUUCUUUUGGUUGGCGUAAGUCAUUUGGUCCAGGAAGCAGAAUUAUUAUAACAACUAGGGACCGACAGUUGCUAAAGCAACUUGGAGUGGAUAAAAUACAUGAGACUCGAAAAAUGGAGGAAGAAGCUCUGGAGCUCUUUAGUUGGCAUGCCUUUCACAAUCCUUGUCCUGAUUCAGAAUUUUUGGAACUCACAGAUAGAGUAGUUACUUACUGUGGGGGUUUACCACUGGCUCUUGAAGUUUUAGGGUCUUUUCUCUUUAAAGAGAACAGAACACAUUGGGAAACCACAAUGAAGAAAUUGGAAAAAAUUCUUCUUGACAAAAUACAUAAAAUCCUCAAGAUAAGCUAUGAUGCGCUUGAUGAUAAUCAGAGGGACAUCUUCCUUCAUGUCACCCAGAUUUUGCAUGGUUGUGGUCUUGAUCCAGAAGGAGAAAUCAGUGUCCUCCUUCAACGUUGCCUUGUAACUGUUAGUGAAAAGGACAAGCUCAUGAUGCACGAUUUGCUUCGAGACAUGGGAAGAGAAGUUGUUCGUGCAGAAUCCCCUAAAGAGCCUGAAGAACGUAGUAGAUUGUGGCAUCGGGAAGAUGUAAUAGAUGUACUGAAUGAAAAAUCUGGAACUAAUAAGAUUGAAGGACUAGCCCUGAAGUUGCAAAGAUCUGACAAAAAGAGGUUCGAAACAACAGCAUUUGGAAAGAUGAAGAGACUGAAAUUGCUCCAACUCAACUUUGUACAGCUUGACGGAGACUACGAUUAUCUUUCCAAACAGUUAAGAUGGCUCUGCUGGCGUGGAUUCUCUCUAUCAAAUAUAGGAAAUAAAUUUCUUGAUGAACAAAAUUUGGUUUCUAUUGACCUGCGGUACAGCAAACUCAAACAAGUAUGGGAGCAGCCCAAGUUUCUUGGGAAGUUGAAGAUACUCAAUCUUAGUCACUCACAUUACCUUACACAUACACCAGAUUUUUCAAAUCUCCCAAAACUUAAAUAUCUGAUCCUGAAAGACUGUAAGAUUUUGUCUGAGGUUCACGAGUCUAUUGGGAAUCUUGGAAGCCUUGUCUUGGUAAACCUUAAGGACUGCAUAAUGCUCAAGGACCUUCCAAAGAGUUUUUAUAGCUUGAAAUCAGUCAAAAGUCUGGUUCUUUCUGGGUGUUCGAAAUUUCAGGAUUUGAGUGAUGAUAUAGGGAACAUGACAUCAUUAACAACUCUUCUUGUAAGACGCACAGCCAUAAGUCGAGUUCCAUUCUGUUUGGAAACACUUCCAUUGAACUAUUCAUCCGUACAAGACCUGACUCUUGUGAAACAACGAUUCCCAGAGGUGCCUAGAUAUCAUCUCCCUGAUCAUCUACCACAAGGCUCUACCUCUUUAGAUAUGGGAAGCAGUAGUGUUCAUAGCCUUCCGGAACGCCCAUCUUUCAAUAAUUGCUCAAAGGUUCCGCUGCCAACAAGUGUAGAUAUACCAACUAUGUCGAAGGACUUGGAAUCAGACCACUGUACUGCACUUGCAAUUGUUCCAAGUUAUUCUGAAGCAUCGAGGCAGAGCAUCCUACAGGGUUGCAUUGCGAAUGGAGAGGGUGGUGGCUUUGUCAUUAAUGGCAUAAGCGUCAAUGACCUUUCCAAUCUGAUACGUAUGUGUUUCAACUGUUGCACGAGCCUUCCCUUAAGAAGAGAUUUAGCAACUAGUUUGACGGAUUUGGAGAGAGAUCACUACGAUAAUUCACUGGAAUUAGUUCCAAACUUUUCAGAUGCUUCGGGGCAGAGCAUCCUACAGGAAUUGACCGCAGGGGAAGAUAAUGGCAUUUGUUUUGCUGGAAGUGAUUUUCCAAAGCGGUUCGCGUGUGUAAGGGAAAGUGACCACGUCUUUUUCCAAGUGCCUCAAAGUAACUUGCAAGCCUUCAUUGUGUGCGCAGUUUGCUCUUGUUUUGACGAGGACAUGUCUGCAAGUCGUAUUUCUAUUUUUGUUACAAAUCAUACCAAGCUCCUUAGCUUUGCUGUUCAGCCUACUCAUCUCACUGAAAUAACUUCACGUGAAGUCAUUUUCCAGAUAUAUAUACCAAUCAAUCAGCUCAAUCCGGAAGAUGGCGACUUCGUUGAGGUUGAAGUUGUAACUGGAUCUGGUUUGAAAGUGAAGAAAACAGGUGUCUGUCUAUUGUGGGAGCCCAAUCUUAUCAUUGAAAAUAUGAUCGAGUGUGAGCCUAUCCCAUACGAAAAUCUCCCGAAGAAUUCAUCAUCAAGUGAAGGCAAGAAUAUUUCAUGCAAUUAUAAAUAUUUUUCUUUAAUUCUAAAGUUUGUCACCUUUUGUUUCUUCUUGUUUUCUGCUGUCCUAUUAUUACCAGCCUUCGUAUCAUAUUGCAGCACUACCCUGUAAACUGAACAGAACUUUGAAUGC